UCCACAUCCUCCUGCUUGAAUUUGAGGGGCUUCAUGUCAGAUAAACAUGGUGGACCACAUGAAAAUGCCGACGGAACUCUUAUUAAGACUGGUAAAGACAGCAGGAAGUGCUUUUGGCAUCCUUGGCUUCUUCCUUAUUUUCCAGUAUGUUUUUGAACUUGACUUCACAUGUCCUUGCCAACAAUAUUACGAUGAGUUGUACUGCAGCAUCUACAUGGUAGUUCCUGCAGUUACAAUGUUUUUUUUCGUGUGGCUGAUAGACCCAGAACGCAUGAGAAUAUGUGGAUGGUGCACCAAGAACAAAUGCUUAAUGAGGCGUGAUCGUAAAACAUUAGUUCUGUUGGGGAAGUCAGUCUCAGCAGCUAGUCUGUGGAUUAUAUCAGCAUUAAUUGAAGGAGACUGGUACGUGUGUCUAAAAUUACAAUUCGGCAAUGGCACUAGCGAAGACCCACUGGCCUGCAAAGACAAAAAUCACUGGUCGCAUGAAGAGAUUUUGAAUUUCCAUCUUAAUGUAAACAUAUCUCGAGCUAUAGGGUUAGGUAUCAUUGGAAUCCUUGUGAUAAUAUGGGUAAUGGCGACAUGCAGACGCAAGGAAUAUGAUGAACAUCUUGAGGGUGAAUUACGUGACGAGACUGAACAGAAGUGUGAAUAUGACAACAUAAAGAAAAGGGUAGAAGCUGGUAUUAGAUGUUCUCACAAUAUGGCUACUACCCCUACUACUGUACAGGAACAGACAGAAGACGGUCCUACAGUUAAACAGGAAGAGGCUAAAGCAAGACAGGAAGAAGCUAAAGCUAAACAGGAAGAGGCUAAAGCUAGACAGGAAGAGGCUAAAGUUAGACUGGAAGAGGCUAAAGCUAAACAGGAAAAGGCGAAAGCAAGAGUUAUUACUCCUUUUACUGGACCGAGACAGACAGAAGAAGACCUUGAAGCUAUACAGGAAGAAGAUAAAUCUAUACAGGAAAAGACUAAAACUACACAGGAAAGACCAAAAGCUGGUCCAGAAGAUGCUAUAGCUACUACUUCUACUACCGGACAGAGACAGACAGAAGAAGACCUUGAAGUUACACAGGAAGAAGCUAAAACUAGACAGGAAGAGGCUAAAGCUGAGCAGGAAGAGCUUAAUGCUAGACAGGAAGAGGCUAAAGCUGAGCAGGAAGAGCUUAAUGCUAGACAGGAAGAGGCUACAGCUGAGCAGGAAGAGCUUAAUGCUAGACAGGAAGAGGCUACAGCUGAGCAGGAAGAGCUUAAUGCUAGACAGGAAGAGGCUAAAGCUGAGCAGGAAGAGCGUAAUGCUAGACAGGUAGAGGCUACAGCUGAGCAGGAAGAGGAGAAAGCUAGACGGGAAAGGGCUACAGCUGAGCAGGAAAAGGAGAAAGCUAAAUCCUGCAGAGCUGAAGGAGGAUUGUUACCUGGACAGCUACAGCCUGAAGCAGGACAGGGGGAUGGACAGGGGGAUGGACAAGGGGAGCUUGGAGAUGAACAACAUACAGAAUCAACUCCAUUGCUGACAGAUCAAAAGUAGGUCUCAACUAGAACAACUUCGAUGUCUAGAACUCUUAAUCUCUAUAAAAGAAUAAAUAUCCCUCCAACCUCUGUAUGGUAUCACAGAUAUUUCUCUCAGUCACAUGCCUUUUUUUCUGUCCAAAAGCCUAACCUUAGGUGGAGGUACCAACACAAAGAUGAGUGCAAAUGAAAGCAAUGUGUGUUGGGUAUUACAGGUAUCACUUCUUGCAAUGCAGUAUAAUUAGGACUUGCAGUUGCACAAUAUAAGGUAAAGAUGUAAUUUAGCUGUAUAAAGUUGUUGCAUUGAAAGUGUUUAUUUUAUGGCAGGGUAUUCUUGUAAGGCACAUGACUGUUGUCUACAUGUAUUCAGACUUCCAUAGCUGAGAUAUCAAUGUGUGUGUGUGUUGUUACACAUAUUGAUAAUUAAAUAAUCCCACUUUUUGCUCAAAGAAAAGUCUAGUUUCUGGUUAAAGAUGUAUUUUAUUUUAAAUUACAAUUCACUCUUUUUUCAUUUAUCCAUAUCUGUAACCCAAAAUAAUUUAAAAAUGGGUUUCUUUAGUGCAUUUAAUUUUGAAUAGGCUAUGUAAUUUUCAUGCACAUCACUUGUAUAUAAAUAAUAUGUUUAUUUUUUAUCAAUGCAUGUAUGGUGAAUAAAAUACUUAACAUUGUUUUGAGGCCCUCUUAUGUGGACUACAACUUUUUUCUCUCCGUCAUGUUCUAAACUAUUCGAACAUUGGUUUUCUGAAAACUAGCCGUUAUUAUUCGCGGUGUGCGUUUUCAAACUAUAGUCAGACUUCUUGUCAAGAAAACAAAAACAGUUGUGAAAUUGUUGUCCCUCUCAAAAUAUGUUAUCAAAUAUCAAUGUGGUGGAUUACAAGUCAGCUAUUUAGGACUGCUCGAUGUUUUAGAAGGUAAUUUCACAUUGUAUGUUUAUUGUUUCAUUAAAUGUCCGGAAUUAUGUGAGGAGGAAAGUGUCGAUAGGAACAGACAGCCAAGUUAAAUCAUGCCAACCAGGCCAGAUUUAGGCUUGUAUGUAUGGACAAAAUUUUGCAGUUUCUG